UAAGGUUAAUUUACGUGGCAUGAAACACGUUUCGCGAUUGCGAUUCUGGACGCGUCGCCGAUAUAUAGAUGCCACAUAAGACCGUCGGAGGCAAACAAAUUUAGACUCACCUCUCUCUCUCUCUCUCUCUCUCUAGCUGAUCUCCAACUCCAAGACACAAAAAUGGUGAGAACACCUUCGUAUGACAAAAGCGGACUGAAAAAAGGAACCUGGACACCCGAGGAAGACAGGAAAUUGAUUGCUUAUGUUACUAGGUAUGGCUGCUGGAAUUGGCGCCAACUCCCCAGGUUUGCAGGGCUGGCGAGGUGUGGAAAGAGUUGUAGGCUGAGGUGGAUGAAUUAUUUGAGACCCAACAUCAAGAGAGGCAACUACACUCCUCAAGAAGAGGAGCUUAUCAUUCAAUUGCACAAAGAGCUGGGCAACAGAUGGUCGGCGAUCGCAGCUCAGUUGCCCGGGAGAACUGAUAACGAAAUAAAGAACCACUGGCACACCACCCUCAAGAAGCGAUUGCAACACAGCUCGAGUGAACACCAUCAAUCUAGAAAGUCAAAGGAUACUUCCACUUCCAAACCACACGGCGGUUCUUCUCCUCCAGAAUCUGCUUCUUCCCGGAUCGAAAUCCUGGAUUCUAGCCCAUUGUCUCCCCUGUCGUCAUCAACCUCCUCUGCUAAUACAGCUUCCUCUUCUCUGGAAGACGACUUGGCUUUUCUCGACGCUCUUCCAGAGCCUGAGUCCCAAAAUUCAUGGACCCACCUAAAUUUGGAUGACAUCUUUUGCGAUCCAGCUGAAUCAAUGCCGAUGCACGCUACUUCUCCAACUUCAUCGAUUCCUCACGCUGAGGAUUUGGAGGAUGAUUUUGCUUUCUUCCUGGAUUCUCUUUCCCAGGCACCAUUUGAAAGUUUUCUGAUAGACACACAGAUGGCUGACGUGUCUUACCCCCAAAUACAGUCACAAGCACCAUUGGGCGCUGAUCAAUUAGGAUAUCUUUAUCCACUUUACGAUCUAGACCUCUGGAGUCAAAGUAAUUUGUAUGAAUGAGGAAGAACAUAUUAUUAGCUUAUUCAAAUGGGCAAA